UCCACAUGAAAGCAUCUCAUCGGCUGUCAGAGAUGUUUAGGGAUGCCCGCAAUGCAGGACAGCGCCCUAACUGGCUGGGUGAACACAUUUGGAACUCUUUACUGGCCCAUUGGAAUACAGUAGAGUUUCGUAAUAAGUGUGCCAAAGCCCAGCGGAAUAGAGCGUCUGAAAGGGGUGGCACCCUGCAUACUGGUGGGUCGAUCACCAUUCAUGAGCAUGCCAUUCGUAUGGCACAGGCUCUAGGACGGGCGGUCCAUGUUGAUGAGGUCUUUGCACAGACUCAUGUUCGGAAGGGAACUAAUCAAUUUGUUGAUGAAAGAUCUCGGAAGACUCAUGAAGACUUUUCUACGAGACUUUCACAGGUUAGAUCUGAACAUGAGUCAGCUCCUACACCGGAUGAUGCCAGUAAUGCAGAUGAUGACAUCCGUAGGACACAGUGCUGGAUCGACAUCGUUGGUGGGAAGAAAAAGGGACGAGUGUAUGGUGCGGGACAGCUUGCUGCAAACUAUACAGCAUCCAGAGGAGGUACUCUGAAGCACCAGCCUUCUUCCACCAGUACUCCUGACGAGGUUCUUCAACUCAGGCAGGAACUCCAUCAACGUGACCAGGAGAUCACUGAUCUCAGAGCAGAGUUUACAAAUUUUAAGGCCAUGGUCAUGAGAGUCUUGCCUCAAACCUCACAGGACGAACAAAAUAUUCCUCCCACCCAGUGUGGGUUGCAAAGAAAAACCAUUUCUCUGAAACCUGCUCUGCAUUUUACCGAAGGCUUUUGA